GCCUCACUGUGAAGUACGUCAGUCCGCACCUUUAAGAAAAAAUCUGCUGCAAGAAAAAUAAUAGCACCACUACGCUACAGGUUCUCAGUUUGAAAAAAUAUAUGGAACGGUUUUUUAGAGAAGGUUUAUGCAAGAGCCAGCAUACAACAUUGACAUUAAAGUGAAGAUUAUGAAAAGGGCUAAUGGCUACAAGCCAUUUCUGUAUGAUUUCACCAUCGAUCUCUGUCAGUUUAUGAGAAAACGAAAUCAUCCUGUGAUGAGAAUCAUCUGGAACAUGAUGAAGGACGUAUCCACAGUGAAUCAUACCUGUCCGUUUGUGGGCUUGCAGUCGGUUAGCGAUUUUCAUGAAGUUUAUAUUCCACUUCCAUGGCCAACUGGAGACUACUUACUGAUAUUAACUUAUAUAUUCGAUGGUAAGCCGCAGUGUACAACAAAACACUAUUUUCUAUAUAAGGAAGAUUUCUAA